ACAGCCGCGUCUGGACAUGAGGACGGUUCCAAUUGGCAAAGCAUCGUCAGGGUAGUGAACGCGAUCGAAUACCUAAAACUAAACGAUGGGAUCAAAAGUUAUCAGUGCGGUGUUUCCCCUAGUUUGGAUUACAUUGUUAGAGUUAUUGUUUUUAUUGUCGGAUAACCGCUGCUUAGCCUCAGAUGGAGUUAGUUGUGGACAACGGCAGCUGACUCAUCUUGGGUUGAUCGUUUCGGGAGAUGCAGCCCACGAAGGUGACUGGCCUUGGCAUGCUGCUAUUUUCAUAAGAAAUUCCAAAAAGCAAACGUACAUUUGCGGAGGAACUAUCAUCAGCGAAAAUUUCAUAUUGACCGCUGCACACUGUACGAGUCAGUUUCGAUCGCUCUUUGCCCCGGAGCGUCUUCUUGUGAAACUUGGCCUACACAAUAAAAGUGCUCCCUACGACCAUACCAAGAGUCACGAAAUCGUUGAGAUUAUUCGGCAUGUUAAUUACAACACCGAAAACAUGAAAAACGAUAUCGCCCUACUACGAACGGAAGAGGACAUCAUUUACUCUGACUACAUCCAACCGAUUUGUCUAUGGCCUCAGAAAAAGUCCGAUUUGAACGAGGUCAUAUCAUCCAGCGGGUAUGUCGUUGGCUGGGGACUGGGAGAUGAUAGCAAACCCAUGGAUAUCCUCCAAGAAGCCACCCUGUCAGUGGUAGAUCAUGCAACUUGUCUGAAAAGCAAACCGCAACAUUUCGACAAGCUGCUUUCCGAAGACAACAGCAACUAUUGCGCCGGAAAUCGUAACAAGACAAAUGUGUGCGACGGAGACAGCGGAGGUGGGAUGUUUUUCCGUUUCGAUAACGCUUGGUACAUACGUGGGCUGGUCAGUACCGGGGCUCGUUCCGAGUCCAGCAAUCAUUGCGAUCCUCAACAGUUCGUCGUUUUCACCGACAUCCCAUACUAUCUGAAAUGGAUCUAUGAUCACCAAGCGACGGCAAAGAAAAGAAAUUUGUUGGAUUUAGGAGAUUGUGGACUUGACGAACAUGACAUCACAACGUACGAGCUGGACAAACCGGUCUUCUUACAAUAUCCGUGGACAGCCAUGUUGGAGUUCAAAGGCGAUUUGUCAAUGACCGUCCAAACUUUCUGCAACGGAGCCCUCAUACAUCCUCUUUUCGUGGUCACCGUUGGUCAUUGCGUAGAUAGCAGUUUAAAAAAAUAUAAGCUAAAAUCGGUUCGUCUUGGAGAGUACAACCAGAAGACGAACCCUGACGUUGGUAAACGGUUGAAAGGGAAUGAGGUCGUUACCAGUAUCCAAUCAAUCGAUGUGCAAAAGGUGUUUAAGCAUCCUGCGUUUAAUAAACCUCGUUACGACAACAAUAUAGCGAUAUUGAAGUUGAUGUUCCCAGCGGACAUAAGCCGUGCCAAUGUGAAACCGAUUUGCAUUCCAACGUCGGAGGAUCAUAGCGAGGAGUACAUCGUUAGUGGGUGGAAGCGUGUUGGCAAAGACGCUCACGUUCUCACUAGAGACAAGGUUUUGCUAGAAGACCCCGACACGUGCAAAGCGGUUUAUGGAAAGUUCAAGAUUCAAACCACGGGAAAUCAUAUCUGUGGAACGUACUAUCAGGAAGAAAUACGAAAUUGUUUCCACUUUAUGAGUGGGGCUCCAAUGCAGUAUGUGAAGCGAGUUGACAGAAAAAGUCGGUAUUUCAUGAAAGGGAUAUUUUCGUUUGGAUUUCCGGGAUGCAAGCAUAACUAUACGGACGUCUUUACCAGUAUCAACAGAUAUACUGAGUGGAUUUCGAGGAUCGUGGACCAGGAAAAAUAGUUGAUGGCAGCUUCGUAUCAAAGAGAUAUUAUUUUCAAUUUCGUCAAUGAAAUUAUACAAUUUAUGUUUUCCUUGGGUAUCAUUUAAUACAGACGUUCUGAAGAGGUAACAGAUUUUGUGGCAAUCGCAAUCAUUUUGAUUUGAAUGUUUAGAAGUUCAAUUUUGAUAUUUGUACCCAUUUUCAUUUUAUUUUCCAUAUCAUUUAUUCAAACUUAGGCCAGACUGGCCUAAGUUGUUCACAAAAAAAUUUAUCCAUUCUUUGUCCACCUGACCAUCGGAUCGCUAUUUAGAGCCAUUUUUUACCGGUUUUUUUUUCGACAUUGUCGAUACAUGCCCGGGUCAGUGCAGACGUCUGGUUUCCAUGGCGUCAAAAUUCUCUUAACAGUAUGCUACGCGGUACGCAGCACUUUAGCUUAGCUUAGCUUUGAUUGACUGUACAUAUCAAUGGUUGCUACUCCGUGUUUGACAAGAAUCAGUGAAAUUGCACAAUGAAUCAAUUGAACGGCUGACUGGAUAAUUAAAAAAAUCCAAAGAUUAAUUACGGCGCCGGUAAUGUACUUAAAGUCAGUUCGAAACAAGGAAGGAUCAUUAGACGGUGAUUUUUGCUAUUAAGAGACCGUGUCCACCUCUGCGUGUCCACAAAAAUCACAGGAAGGAACAUAUGUAAAUAGGUAGGUAUUGUUGAGCAUGGAUUCACACUGAUAAGUGAUGCGACCAUCAGAGCAAUAACACGAGCACGCAAUAAUUAACCGAUUAAUCGACCGCAUCUACGCAUGGGAGAAAUGGAAGGAUAAAGUUUGCGUAAAUUGCGUAUGGAAGUAUGGAAGUAUGGAAAUCUAAAUGAUUCUCAAAAAAUUGCUAAAUAUAAAUAAAAACUUGUUUCAGUUGAAUUCUUCGGUAGCAACAUUUACAUUACUUUGUAUUCAAGUACAAAUCAAUUGGGUUAAUUUUUGUUCGGGACAUAAGGUUUAAAAGCGACAACAUUUCCCAAUGUUACUAUAAUGCGGUCACUUUUCUCAAUGUUACAAAACAACUUGGUAGUUUUUUUUCUGAUUUCAUCAAACCUAUCGAAAGAACCAACAAUUUCAAGACGAUUAAUAACUCGAAAUUCGAAAAAAAGCAAAUGUUACAAAUAUGUAAUCAUGAGCAGUCUAGCAGAACCAAACAUAACGAUGAUCGCGCGAUCGUUCUUCGUCUAUUAUCAAACGAGAGAAAACGGACACUGAAGGUUUUAUUUUCUAAUUGAUUUAUUCACCCGUACAAAACAGAACCAAACACUUAACUAUGAUCGGCGAUCGCGUGAUCGUUCUGCGCCCAAUAUGAACAAUAAAAGCACGUU